CAAACAAAGCUACAGAGCCACAUAACACCGGGUUGUCAUAGACAUGUCAGACAUUUUUGUUCAGACCUUAUCAAACAUGUCUGUCUAAAAACAGAGCUGCACUCUCUGCUUGUGCGGUAAAGUGGCACGUUAGCAUUAUUAAUGAUGUGUGACGGUCAGAUAGUCUGAUGACUGACUGUGAAAGGUGUUGACAAGAGUCCAACUGGACGGACGGGUCGGUGGCAUGCAUCUUCUGGUCUCCUGUCACGUUCACAUCUCUGCAGUCCGUCUUUAAGACACAUCUCUGCAACCUGUCUUUAAGGCACAUCUCUGCAACCUGUCUUUAAGACACAUCUCUGCAGCCCGACUUUAAGACACAUCUCUGCAACCUGUCUUUAAGACACAUCUCUGCAACCUGUCUUUAAGACACAUCUCUGCAACCUGUCUUUAAGACACAUCUCUGCAGCCCAACUUUAAGACACAUCUCUGCAGCCCGACUUUAAGACACAUCUCUGCAGCCCGACUUUAAGACACAUCUCUGCAGCCCGACUUUAAGGCACAUCUCUGCAGCCCGACUUUAAGACUCAUCUCUGCAACCUGUCUUUAAGACACAUCUCUGCAACCUGUCUUUAAGGCACAUCUCUGCAACCUGUCUUAAAGACACAUCUCUGCAGCCCGACUUUAAGACACAUCUCUGCAGCCGACUUUAAGACACAUCUCUGCAGCCCGACUUUAAGACACAUCUCUGCAGCCCGACUUUAAGACUCAUCUCUGCCCUGAGCAUUCUCAGCUGAGCCGUCUGCCUGAGAGGACAAUAAGAAGCUCAAGUCAUGUCUGGGAGGAUGGUCGUGACCCAACCCAGGCCCUUCAUCAAUUCCUCCGUCUCCAACAAAUGGACCUCUGGCAUCUGUGAUUGCUUCCACGACCUGCCGCUGUGUUGCCUUGCCUUUUGGUGUCUCCCCUGCUUCGCCUGUAAGACGGCACACGAUGCCGGGGAGUGUGUAUGUUUACCUCUGCUGGAUGUUUUUGGAUGCAUCCCUCCCAUUACCACGGCCCUCAGAGUGUCGGUGCGCCAACGAUACGGCAUUGAGGGUACAGUGUGCAAAGACUGUGUGUACGCCUGCUGCUGCGGGCCCUGCACCUGGUGUCAAAUGGCAAGAGAGAUCAAAUCAAGGAUGAGUCCCAUCGUCUUCACCAACAUGGUGUGAUAAAAUGACAUUUUCAUGGUCUUUUGGAGUUUGAUAUGAUACUAUGGCUUGUUUUUUUUGCAAAUGGGAGGGAUACUUCGACUUUUUAAAUGAUGUGUUUUAAGCCUAUCUACAUCUGAGGAAUGUCACUAAGUAACUGAUUGCAGAUCAGCAUACAAUGGCCAUGAACAUUGCAUCGCUUACAGACAUGACCUAGAGAUAAGCAGCUGUCUAACCAGCCUGCAUGUGGGUUUCUUCUACAACUGUUUUAAUGGUGGGAUAAACUUUAUGCUAAUGCUGCAGUUUUGGGUUGGUUGAAUUGCAUUAUAAGCAACAUGUAAAUAAAGGCGACAAUG